UCGAGGCAAGCGGACGUAAAAAAGUGAAGUUCUUUCUUGCGCGUCGCAACAUCUGCUGCUGUUCGCUUGUGUGAGGCGAUCAUCAAUCGUCAUCGUCAUUAACAUCUUUUACCCAAAGGCACACCAGGAGACUACUACGACCGGGGGAGCGCGCGCUUGGACUUUGUUUUUCGUGUAUGCGUGCGUUUUGUUGUGAUGUUUCCUUGCUCGUAUAAACAGUCGCGAGGUUUGAAGUGUUGAUAUCAGUCCCUACUAGUUAAGUGUUGUACCGCAGUAGCACACACAGCUCAACUCAAUCAAGCCGAUUAAAUGAAAAAUUCAAGAUCCGCCUGCCUCUCGUCUUGCUGCUAUAGAAGUGAAGAAAUUAAGUGAAAAUCUGUGCACCGGCUCUUCUUGCCUGGGAUAAAUCGCAACCAUGAUAAGUCUGCCGAAGAACAUCGAGAAUAUUUGUCGCCUCUGUCUGACGGAGUCGGAUGGAACUGAUAUGCUACCUCUGUUUCCGGUGCGCGGCGGAAACCCAUUCGCCCCGCAUACGGUCGUAUCAAAGAUCCUGAACUGCACCACGGUAAAGAUCGAACACUACGAUGGCGCUCCGGUCACAAUCUGCGAAUUUUGCAACACUCGCCUCGAGGAUUGGCAUACCUUUCGGGAGCAGUGCAUCGGUACGGACGAGUACCUGAAGGUUAAAUAUCGGCACAUUUUCUUCCCCGGUGCACCGGUUCAUCCAUCACAAACCGUGGAAACGACACCACAACAGAAAUCAUCCUUUUCGACAUCGCCGCAGAACGGCGGAGAUGACAGCCAAAGUUAUCUGAUCGGGGAAGAAGUUCCACUGGAGGAUAUGAUGCAGCAGAAUGAUCACUACUACGACAACAGCUACGAAGACGUGGACGAUGCUCAAGAAUCGGACUCGGUAGCUCCACAGAUAAGCGUCCAAAACGGUAUAAGAGUUCCUAAAUGGUCCAAGGAGUUUGGUGCCAAAUUGAACACGUUGCUGCACGUGGUGGGUGGUGAAAGACCUCAUCAGUGCAAAAUUUGUCGCAAACGUUUUCUGAGACGCCCGCAUUGUCGACGUCACGUGGCUCAAGCACAUCCGGCUGAGAUCGAUGAGGUUAGAUUGCCCAAAAACUGGGUGGCGAUGGUCCGACGUAGAUUCGUCUUCUCAAAGGCACCCGUUCAACGGGUGCUGGAACCCGUCCCACCGCCACCCGCUGUGCGGGAAGAUCAGUACGAACCAACUCCGAACAGACCGCACCAAUGUGAAGUGUGCAAGAAAUGUUUCAAACGAAUGCAACAUCUAAGACGACACAAGACCUCCCAUCUGCAAAUUGAGAUUGACCGUUCGGAGAUUAUGCGUGGAAUUCAGGAGCAACAGAAAGCACAACAGCAGCUUAAACAACUGAUCAGUCCUACUGCUGCUACAAAUGGAGCUGUCAUAAACGGAUCAGCAGACGACGACAUUAUAGCCCUAUCGGACGAAGAGGACAUGGGUGAAGAGAUUUCCCCGGAAGAAUUCAAUGGUUUGGGUGACUUUGCCGACGAGGAGGAAAACUCUAUCUCUAACGAACAGCCGGAAAAGCCACCGCGCCUCUCGGAUAUUCCUCAUCUUUACUACAGCGAUGAUGACAACAGCAACAGUUUUAACGGUACUUCGGCCUUCACAAAGUACGGAACAAUUCGCCAGCGGGCACCGCCAAUGGAAAAAAUGCCGGGCGAACGACCGUACCAGUGCAAACUGUGCCAUAAAACAUUCAAGCGCACCGAUCACCUCAAAUCGCACAUGCGAAUACAUAGCAAGGAUACGCCCUUCAACUGUGACUGGUGCCAGAAGGGAUUCCGCUACCGGCAGAAUUAUUUGAUUCAUAUGAAAAACAAAACCUGCAUCAGCGAACGGGGAAAGUUCCAGGGACAUCCGAUGCCACGGUUGCUGCCAAAACCGGGCAUCGAGACGGUGGCGAAUGGCAACGAAAUGGUCCUGGGCGAUUAAAGACGAUGUGCCAUGCCUGUAGUCUGUAGUGUAAAUAAGUGUACGUCUAGAUUUAAGCCAAAUCAAAGUGAGGGCAUGUUAAGUGGAACUCAAGGGCAAAGAUGUGUUUGUACUCGCCAAACGAAGUAAACAAAAAAAACGGUAGAUUUAGUUAUGCAUCUCGAAUACAAAGAUUUUACUAUCGGUUUAAGAUUACUUUAAAUGUAUCAACAUUUUUACUCAGAUAUUGACGAAUGCAAAUAAAAUGCCAAUCAGGUUUAGAUAAUGUA